GACGAGUUGUCCUGCACCUAAUUAAUCAACACUUCACCGGAAAAUAGUGAGUAGCUUCCCCUUAAAAUUUUGGAAGGUCAUUCAGCUACCAAAUUUUUUCCAUUGAAAAGAUGGCGACCAAACUUCCCAAACCAGUGAUGAAAGGAUUGUGGGUAAAAUCUUAUGCUUACCACAUGAAAGUUGCAACUGUUCUUACUAUUGCAUCAGUUGGUUUAUAUAAAGCAUGGGAAGAAUAUUUUUUCACUUCCAGAUGGACAGCAUUUGAGAAAACUUAUGACAUAGAGAAAGAUUUCCAGAGGAAGAUGAAAGCAGGAGUAUUCCAGUGUAUAGACAGUAAUGGUGUGAUAAGGAAGGAUGAUGAUUGAUAUGUUAUAAUGUUUAGUGAAAUUUACAAUUUGUCUGUACAGAAGUGAAAUAAAAACAAAAUUCAU